AUGCCGUUUUUAGGCAAGUACCGCUACCCUAAAGCAGGACUUAGAAAUGGCCAAUCGUUCUUCUGCCUCUCUCUCAGCUCAAAAUUUCUGGAAGAUGUUGCCCAAUAUAUGCUAUGUGCUCAAGUUAAUGUAUACAAGAAAAAUUUGCCAGAAUAUUUUAAGAAUAUAGCCCCAUCCCUUGCUCGCGUUGUUGAUCGCAAACAUCGCCUUUCUCCGGUCACUAAUACGACAAUUGGUGGAAUGCAAACUUCAGGCGGUAAAAAGCUGAAGGCAUUCUCAAAAUCUAAAACGUUUGGUAAAGAUUUAUGGUAUGAUCUUAUUGCCAUGAACCUUAAAGUGCCAAUGUCAGUGGAAACGUGGAGAAACGGACAUGCGGAAGAUAUCGGAUCGAGUUGUGACAAGGCAGUGCCGUUUAGGAACAACUAUGCUGGUGAUCGGCAUCCACAGUUAGCCGUAAGAAAUGCAGUAAUCGCGGCGAGAUCCAUUGUUCUUUCGCGCCUGGCUGAACAAGCAUAG